AUGUCGCUUCCAUACGCCGUCCCGCUCCCCGAAAGUGAAGAGGAUCUGCUCGACGUGGAGUUGGAUUAUGAAGAAGAUGCACCAGUCACCGAAGUCCUACCAGCCGCUGCCCCAAGCGAACCAGCCGCUGCGUCAAGAAAACGCCCGAGGCGCAGUCGUCCGCAGCCACCUUGCGCCGAACCCGAAGACCCGCCAAAGAAAAAGGCUUACCGCGAGGACGACACCAAGAAGAUGUUUUACGCGAUAAUCGACGCCCUCGAUGAACAGCGCAGACGGCAGCAACGGCUGGAGGACCAACAAGAUCGCAUCGAAGCCCUCCUCAACGCAGUACUCAAGCAGGGACGAGACAAGGCAUCCGCCUGCCCCAAGGUCCUGCCCACACGCUACUGCGACGUGUGUGAUGUGGCAGGACAUCAAGCAGCGGACUGCCGCAACAAAACAAACAUGGAUCCGGCACGCGUGGAACGCCGUUACAAGAAGAAAGGCAUUUGUAAAAAAUGUCACUGUAUUCACUUGUAA